ACAGUCAGUCGAAGGCUGACAGCAGGUUCCGGGCGACCUCGCCCCAUCCGCCCGGCUCCCGGGACGGUCGGACGAGCAGCGCCGACAGGGACGGAGGGGGAGAGCGGGCGGCCGGAGCAUGGAGGCGGCGGUGAUCGGGGAUGCGGCUUUGUUACACUCAGAGCAGAAGCUACACCAAGCCGCCAGGGUCAAUGACGUAGUGACCAUCAGGCAGCUGAUCCUGGGCAAGGUGGACAUCAAUGCCAGGAACUCGGCGAAUCGCACGGCCCUGCACUGGGCGGCCAUCGGCGGACACGAGGAGACGGCAAACCUCCUGCUGGAGCACAACGCGCUGGUGGACCGCUGAGGAUAAGGUGAGGGUCACCACCCACACGCGCUUUGCCCGGCUGGCACCGGGGCCUCAGGGCAGCGGCUCUGCCAGAAGUUCCCCCAACCCCCCGGCCGUCUCCUCCGGGUACCGGUCCCUCCCGCCUGCCUCACGCCGUUCUCCACCUCUUCCCUUCAGUCUGGAAUGACGCCGGUUCUACACGCAGCCAGCCAUGGACACCUGAAGCUCCUCCAGAUGCUGGUCAAGGCUGGGGCAACCGUGAUGGCCAGGAACAGGCUGGGGCAGACCUUGUUCCACUGUGCUGCCCAGCGAGGACACCUCGGAAUUAUCCGCUAUGCUGUGGAGGAUCUGGAGGGGAUCCCAGUUGAUGAUCCGGACCAGAGCGGGAAGACGCCUCUCAUGUUGGCUGCUGUGAACGGGUGCUCGGACGUGCUGACCUACCUCCACAGCCUGGGCUGCGAUCUCCAGACCAUCGACAAGGAGUCCAACAACGCCCUGCACCUGGCAUCGGGACGGGGUCACGCUGAGCUGUUGGGGUACCUGAUGCACGGGAUUCACUCCGACGCACACAACCAGGACGGACUCACGGCGCUGCACUCCUCGCCGCCCGGUGCCGGGCAACUUCGACUGCGUGAGGGCGCUGCUGGGCAACGGCUGCCAGGUCAAUGUGGCUCAGCUCUGUUCAUUUCUUCCCGACAAACACCGAACUCCUGCUUGGUCCCCCCACAGCUGAACCUCAACCCCUGCACUUCUCCAUCAGUCAGGGGCAUCAGGACGUCUGCCACCGUCCUGUUACAAGAGGGGAUCGACGUGAACGCCACAGGUAACAAGGAUCCCUGCCUCCAUCUUGCUGUGAAACACAACUUCCCCCCGCUGUUCCAGUGCCUGAUUGCUGCCGGCUGUGAUGUCAACAUCUGUGACCAUAGGAGGCAGAGCGCGCUGCACGUGGCAGUGGAGAGGCGCCAGCCGGCCGUGGUGGAGCAACUGCUGAGGGUCAACAUCAAUCUCCACCUUCAGGACCAGCAGGGGCGGACUGCGCUGGACCUCGCUGUCCGCAGCCAGCACGCUGCCCUGGCCGACAUGAUCAUCAAGGCAGAGCGGUUCCACGCCCGCCGUCUGGGUGCUGAGGCACAGGCGGAGGGCGGAGAGGGGCUGGACCUGUCCUACAGCCGCGUUCGGGACCUGACCAGGGUGCGGUCCGUGCUGUGGACUCUGGCCACCAGGCACCAGAAGCCGGGCCACUGGAAGAGACUGGCCCAGCACUGGAACUUCUCGGCCAAGCACAUCAAGGCUCUGGAGAGCCAGUGGACAGGCAGCGACAGCUACAAGGAGCACGGCUACCGAAUGUUACUCAUCUGGCUGCACGGCGUCGCCAGCGCGGGCAGGCACCCCAUCAAGGAACUGUACGAGAGCUUGGUGGAGAUUGGAAGUCCUGACCUAGCAGAGAAGGUGCGGCGGCAGGCGAAUGCAGAGGGGGAAUCGAGCAGGAGAUGCGUGGUGGUGUGAGGGCAGUGUUCGGACUGUGCCUGCACUGUGGGAUAUUGGGCAUGGGCCACAAAGUCUUCAGGAACUGGUUGAUUGGUGGAAGGAAGCUCUGGUCAACGAUUACAUCCCAGACCAUGGGACGAUGUGACGUAGGCAAACGGUGUUGGUGAACGAGCACAGACCUGGCUGGGCGUCAGUUGUUCCUGCCAACUCCUGGAUAAUUUGUGAGGUCCCAACUGUUAUAAAUGGAUUAAGGAUUGUCGGAAUUAGGAGAGGAUGGAUGGAAGUGUAUCUAUACGUGGCUACAAGUGAAGGUGAAUCAACUCCAUUACAAUUCAUUGUCCCUCCAGUGAGGAUGAAGUCUCCUCUAACCUGCCCUUAUUGCCUUGGGAGGGAGGGAGAUUAUUUCAGUACCUAACCCAUGCUGCCCCGGGCUGUGAAUGCUUGAUGGGACGGUGCAGGAGUGUUCCAACCUGAGCUGUCCCUGCCCUGGGAAUGCUUGAGAGGACAGUGUAGAGGGAGCUUCACUCUGUGUCUGACCCCGGGAGUGUGUGGUGGGACGGUGUGGAGGGAGCUUCACCCUGUGUCUGACCCCGGGAGUGUGUGAUGGGACAGUGCAGAGGGAGCUUCACUGUGUCUGACCCCGGGAGUGUGUGAUGGGACGGUGCGAAGGGAGCUUCACUCUGUGUCUGACCCCGGGAGUGUGUGAUGGGACAGUGCAGAGGGAGCUUCACUGUGUCUGACCCCGGGAGUGUGUGAUGGGACGGUGCGAAGGGAGCUUCACUCUGUGUCUGACCCCGGGAGUGUGUGAUGGGACAGUGCAGAGGGAGCUUCACUGUGUCUGACCCCGGGAGUGUGUGAUGGGACGGUGCGAAGGGAGCUUCACCCUGUGUCUGACCCCGGGAGUGUGUGAUGGGACGGUGCGGAGGGAGCUUCACCCUGUGUCUGACCCCGGGAGUGUGUGAUGGGACGGUGCGAAGGGAGCUUCACCCUGUGUCUGACCCCGGGAGUGUGUGAUGGGACGGUGCGAAGGGAGCUUCACCCUGUGUCUGACCCCGGGAGUGUGUGGUGGGACGGCGUAGCGGGAGCUUGACACUGUGUCUCACCCUGGGAGUGUGUAAUGGGACAGUGUAGAGGGAGAUUUAUUCUGUUUCAAAGGCCAUGGUCUGGGAGGGAUGAUGGCAUGGACGGGGUGUGUCCAGCACUACCUUUGUGCUUUUCGAUAAACAUUAAAGUGUGUCGCCAUGGAGCUGGACUUGUGAUGUGUGCGGUGGAGAUCUUUCUGCUGGAUUCCAUGGAUCCUGACACCGGUUCUGUUGGUGGUUUUGCAGCCUCCUAUUUUAAAGGGCAGAUUUACCGUUUGAGAUGGGAUGUGUGAGCUCUGAUUUGCUUCAGAUGGCGUUUUUGAAGUGAUUUUUGGAUUUGGGAGAGAAAUCAUCCAGUCUUAAGCCAAUUCACUUCAUGUGAUAUCAAGAAAUGGCUGAAGGGCCAUUUCAUGUUAACAUAUGGGGCGACCUGUCCUGGGCCCAGCACACACAGAUGCGAUCACAAGGAAGGCGCGCCAGUGGCUUUACUUUCUUAGGAGGUCAAGGAGGUUCGGCUGGUCACCAAACACUCUUACAAACCUCUACAGAUGUUACUGUUGAAAGUGUCCUGACUGGUCGCAUCACGGUCUGGGACGGCAGUUCGAAUGCGCAGGAAUGUUAGAAGCUGCAGAGAGUCGUGGACUCUGCCCAAUGCAUCACGGGCACAUCUCUCCCCACCAUUGGGAGUAUCUACAGGAGGUGCUGCCUCAAGAAGGCAACAUCUAUCUUCAAAGAUCCCCACCAUCCAGGCCGUGCCAUCUUCUCACAGCUCCCAUCGGGCUGGAGGUACAGAAGCCUGAAGUCCCCACACCACCAGGUUCAGGAACAGCUACUUCCCUUCAACCAUUCGGUUCUUGAACCAACCGACACAACCCUAAUCACUACAGUUUAGCAACACUACGGCCACUUUGAUCACUUUGCACUAAAAUGGACUUUUUUUUCUUUCGGAUCGUGUUCUUUCUUGUAAAAAAAAGUGUAUAAUUUGUGUUUAAUUUAUUCCUUGUGAAUGCUGCUCAUCUGAUGCUCUGUGCCUGUGAUGCUGCUGCAAGUAAGUUUUUCACUGCACCUGUGCACACACGGACUUGUUCAAAUGACAAUAAACUCGACUUUGACUUUGGACUGCUGGACUGGACAACAUCCCAGCUUUCAGGGGAGUGGGAACUGGGACCCCAGUGAGUUUAA